AUGCAGCUCGGUAUCAACGAUCUGCCGUUUGAGAUACUCUGCGAUGUCUUCGACUAUUUACCACUGGAGGAUAUUAAAACGGUAGCCCUCGUGUGUCACCGCUGGAAUCAGAUAGUUUUCUCCGAGUUGUACAUCAAACGGUUUCGCUUAGUGAUAAACCUUAAUGAAUCGUUACUGAAACUAAAGCACAUGGCGCAGGUUUUGGAGAAAUCCGAUCGAGAGUAUUAUAGCAUUAUUUUGAAAGUAAAUUUGGGAAGCCCCUUGACCGAAGCUCGAUUGAAGAUCGUUAAGUUCGUCGUGCGGCUAAUAUCCGAGUACGCGGAGUCGCUUUAUUUCAAUAUGGCCGAUCUUCGUUUGGAGUCCUGUGUUUCGGAACGACUGCUACGCAGUCGGAAGCUUCAACUAAUCGAUACACGUGCCAAGUACAUCCCCCUGGGAAUGGGCUUGAAAGAGUCGAUGCUUGCUGCAAUCUGCGAAUACGCGACCGAACUUGUCGAUCUGGUGAUUGCCGAAAUGAACAUCAACAAUCCGAAAGCGUUGGAAAAGCUUUCACUCCUAGCACAGUUAAAGCUACUUCUGAUCAGUGACUACUAUCCGUACGCUCGGCCAAAAACUCCCCCAAUCAGUCUACCAAAUCUGGAAAACCUCACGCUAAUCAACGUAACCGAUGAAUCCAACUUUUACUUCAAAGCGGACAAUCUAAAGCGUUACUUCAUCCACACAAACGGGACGGACGCCCCACGGACGAUGCAAUCGAUUGCCGAAAAUAUUACCGGGAUUGGAAGGCUGUGUGUUCACUUCACGGCCCGAACCAUUCGAGCGGAGCAAAUUUUCGAGCAUCUUGAUCGGUUUCCCAAUUUGAACACCUUCGAGCUGGGAGGGGUAGCCGUUCCGAUCGAUGCCCUAAAGGAUCUCAACCCCGGUAAUCGAGUGCAGAAAUUAAUUUUUGUCGAGUGUCAUCUGGAAACUCUUGCGCUCACCGAUCUCACCUCUAAGUUGAGGUUCCUGAGACAACUGGUGUUCGAUUCGUGUUUUCUAUUCCACAAGCAAGAGGGCUUCCAGCGAGUUCAGUACCAUGAUCUGGAACCGCUGAGAAGAGCGUUGCCUGAUCUGCAGGUCUUGUUGGACUACAAUUGA